AUGUCGGAGCCCAGGAGGAGGGGCCGCGGCCGCGGCAAGAAACACCGAGAGGGAAGAAAGCGGGAGCGAGAGCCUGAUCCCGGGGAAAAAGCCACCCGGCCCAAGCUGAAGAAGAUGAAGAGCCAGACAGGAGAGGUGGGUGAGAAGCAGUCGCUGAAGUGCGAGGCAGCGGCGGGGAACCCCCAGCCCUCCUAUCGUUGGUUCAAGGAUGGCAAGGAGCUCAACAGGAGUCGUGACAUUCGCAUCAAGUAUGGCAAUGGCCGAAAGAACUCACGGCUACAGUUCAACAAAGUGAAGGUGGAGGAUGCUGGGGAGUACGUCUGUGAGGCUGAGAACGUCCUCGGGAAGGACACUGUGCGGGGCCGGCUCCACGUCAACAGCGUGAGCACCACUCUGUCAUCCUGGUCGGGGCACGCCCGGAAGUGCAAUGAGACAGCCAAGUCCUACUGUGUGAAUGGAGGCGUGUGCUACUACAUCGAGGGCAUCAACCAGCUCUCCUGCAAGUGUCCUGUGGGAUACACCGGGGACAGGUGUCAGCAGUUCGCAAUGGUCAACUUCUCCAAGCACCUUGGAUUUGAAUUAAAGGAGGCUGAGGAGCUGUACCAGAAGAGAGUCCUGACAAUUACUGGUAUCUGUGUGGCUCUGCUGGUCGUGGGCAUCGUCUGUGUGGUCGCCUACUGCAAGACCAAAAAACAGAGGAGGCAGAUGCAUCACCAUCUCCGGCAGAACAUGUGCCCCGCCCACCAGAACCGAAGCCUGGCCAACGGGCCCAGCCACCCUCGGCUGGACCCUGAGGAGAUCCAGAUGGCAGAUUACAUCUCCAAAAACGUGCCAGCUACAGACCACGUGAUCCGGAGGGAAGCUGAGAGCACAUUCUCUGGGAGCCACUCCUGUUCACCUUCUCACCACUGCCCCACAGCUACGCCCACCUCCAGCCACAGACAUGAGAGCCACACAUGGAGCCUGGACCGGUCGGAGAGCCUGACCUCGGAUUCCCAGUCAGGCAUCAUGCUCUCAUCAGUGGGCACCAGCAAGUGCAACAGCCCAGCAUGUGUGGAGGCACGAGCUCGGAGGGCAGCAGCCUACAGCCAGGAGGAGCGGCGCAGGGCUGCCAUGCCACCCUACCACGACUCCAUAGACUCGCUGCGUGACUCUCCACACAGUGAGAGGUACGUGUCAGCCCUGACCACGCCCGCGCGCCUCUCGCCCGUGGACUUCCACUACUCGCUGGCCACGCAGGUGCCGACUUUCGAGAUCACGUCGCCCAAUUCUGCGCAUGCUGUGUCGCUGCCGCCCGCCGCGCCCAUCAGCUACCGCCUGGCGGAGCAGCAGCCACUCCUGCGGCACCCGGCGCCGCCCGGCCCGGGACCGGGGCCCGGAGCGGACAUGCAGCGCAGCUACGACAGCUACUACUACCCGGCGGCGGGGCCCGGGCCACGGCGCAGCGCCUGCGCGCUGGGAGGCAGCUUGGGCAGCCUGCCAGCCAGCCCCUUCCGCAUCCCGGAGGACGACGAGUACGAGACCACGCAGGAGUGCGCGCCCCCGCCGCCGCCGCGGCCGCGCACGCGCGGCGCGUCCCGCAGGACGUCGGCGGGGCCGCGGCGCUGGCGACGCUCCCGCCUCAACGGGUUGGCGGCGCAGCGCGCACGCGCGGCGCGGGACUCGCUGUCGUUGAGCAGCGGUUCGGGCUGCGGCUCGGCGUCGGCCUCGGACGACGACGCGGACGACGCGGACGGGGCGCUGGCGGCCGAGAGCACGCCUUUCCUCGGCCUGCGAGCGGCGCACGACGCGCUGCGCUCGGACUCGCCGCCGCUGUGCCCGGCGGCCGACAGCAGGACUUACUACUCCCUGGACAGCCACAGCACGCGCGCCAGCAGCAGACACAGCCGGGGGCCGCCCACGCGGGCCAAGCAGGACUCGGGGCCCCUCUAAGGCCCCCCGCCUCGCCCGCCCCACGUCUCCAAGGAGAGCGGAGAUCACCGACUGGAGAGGGAAAAGGAGCGAACAAAGAAAUAAAAAUAUUUUUAUUUUCUAUAAAAGGAAAAAAGUAUAACAAAAUGUUUUAUUUUCAUUUUAGCAAAAAAAUUGUCUUAUAAUACUAGCUAACGGCAAAGACGUUUUUAUAGGGAAACUAUUUAUAUGUAACAUCCUGAUUUACAGCUUCGGAAAAAAAAGAAACAACAAAAAAAAAGAGAGAUGGGCCAAUUUUUUGACUCUUUAAUAGAAACCUAUAUUGUGGUGCCUUUUGCUGUACGCUAAUCUGGGGCUCCUGGAGAGCCGUCUGGGGUGCAGUGUGGGGAUGGGCGCUUGUAGGAUCCCAAACUGGUGGGCGGGGGGGGUGAGAAGAGGCAGGGAAAGAAGAGACUGUGAGGUUCUAAUGAGAAAGAAAAUGAAGAUAAGAUGGAAUUUUAUCUUCCCCAGUCCAGAUCUGGAGUCCUGAGCAGAGAGGGCAGGGAUCCUAGCCUUAGAGCUGGAAUUGAGGUUGGGUUAUUUCCAGGGGGAGACACAGGCUCCCCACUACAGCAACUAGAAUGGGGAAGGGUCCUCCCCAGCCCUCACAGUUGCUAAGGGAAAGAGGACAGAGAAGUCUGUCUCCCCACCAGCCCCCGGCCUAGGGAGGGGGCAGCUCUACCAGGGGCCCAACCUUCUCGGCUCCUCCUCCCCUGCGGCCUCCAGGACAUCCUGUGUCCUCUGCAGCACCUAAGUUUACAGGUCGUCUUUUCUAUUUUACGCCUGCAUGUCCUUUGCAUUUCAGAUUCUUUAGAUUGAAUGCAUGGUCACGCUGGGACCCAGAAGAGCCACUGCGACAGUGUAUUCGAUUCCCCUUUUAGCAAUAAAGUAACACCAUAUCCUUCACACAGUCCAGCUCCCGGCCCACCUAUGACUUCCAUCUUCCAGUCCUGCCCUCCCCAGCCAGCCCUCAAAACUGGAUCCAAUGCUAAUUUUUAAAAAAAAAAAAAAAAAAAAAAAAAAAAAAAGGCAAUUGUCUAAAAAGCAAACAAAAAUCCCAAACAGAAACAAAUGGGAACCCUGACAUGUCCAAACACCUGACUGUUGACACUUGAACAUUUUUAUAUUAUAAAUAAAAUCAGAAAUAACUCCUGUUUGACUGUGUGUACCUAGCCCCAGGUGAGGAGGGAAGAUAGGAGGGCCUAGGAUGAGGCACGUGGGUACUGGAAGAUUGCAUAGGGCCAAGGUAGUCCCUGAGCGGAAGUGACCCUCUCUCCAGUCCCUCUGGUCCCAGCUCCCAGGACCUGCUCCAAGUCUUCCUUCCAAAUCAUUUAUAAGGUGUCCCCCUGGGUGCUAAGGAACCCAGCCAAGGGACUGACGCAAAUCGUUCUGCUUUAAACUCAGCCUCAGAACUCCAGCCCCGUUCCUGCCCUACAGCUAGGAAGCUGGACUGGGGCAAGAGUUUUCUUCUGCCCAGGUGGGUGAAGAGGGAAGGGUUGUGGGGUUGGCACUGGAGCAGCGGAGGCAAAGAUGACCCUUGGGGCUUCAGGCAUGUCACAGGCAGAGUCUGGACAUGUAAGACAACAUAAUGGGUACCCUGAUUGCCAGAAGGACCAGAACAGCUGCAGCUCCUGAGCCCCAACUGUAUACCCCCCUCAGAGCCAGGGCCUGUCUAAACCUGCAGCUCUGACGAAGGUCUGAUCUCAGGCAUGGAGGAGGCAGAUAGAGUCCAGGGGAAAGAGUCUUUCUCGUCAGCUCCUUAGAAUGCCAGGAACCAAGAUUCCAGCCAGAACCUGAAGCCUUCUCUCCAAAGAGCUGGGGUGAAUGUGUAUACGUGUGUAUGCUUAUACACAGUCUUGAAAGUUCCAGCAUGGAUCUAGAAAGACGCUGACAGGAACAGGACAGAGAGGCGAAGAGCAGCAACAGGUUCUGAAUCUGAGCGCCAGCUGACCCUCACUAGCUAUAUGGCUAGUUCACUUAGUGAGAAAUAAGGAAGCAAUUGUUUACCUGAGCGAGCUGCUGUGGAGGUUACAUGCAGAUGGACCCGGCACUAUUCCUAAUUAGUAUCUAGUCUUGAUGGUAGUAGUGAUAGAAUCCUGUGCCUUGUAACCGUGAGUCACAAAGUGGCAAAAACUCAAUGAGGUGAUUAAGAAAAGUCUAAACUUAUAAAGUCAUUAUAUUCGUUAAGGGGUACUGAGGGGCACAUAUUACGAAGGGGGGAAAAAUGAAAGAAAACUUACUGGGCUGAAUGUUACACAAACCUGUAAAUCACGGCCAGGCCCCACCAGAAGACCCAUUCGAGCCUUCUGCUGUCUGUUCGCUUUCUUAGGGCAGUAAACCUUAUGUGUGACCUCUGAUCUCUAUGAGACCCCAGAUUAACUGUUAUGACCUCUUGGUGAGUCCACUGAUCUCAUUACAAUCUAGGUUAGUGUCCUCACUUAAACUCUGUGAGGGCUCUAAGUUGUUGCCUUCUAGGUUUUCAUCCAGAAACCACCGGUAGGACUCAAAUGACCCCGUUAACUUUGAGUGACCCCUCAGUGAACUCACUGACCUGUACAUGACCCCAUUUCAUUCCCUCAUCAUCUGCCCUGGAUUCUAAGAUAACCCACCAAGAGUCCAACAACUUAACCUCGUUGUUCACCGUUCCCCUUUUUGCAUCAGCCAGUCUUCAAUGGACAGGUAUGGUUGGGACCGGGGAGCACACUUGACCAGAGAGCCCUCUUGACCACCCUGACUCUCAGGUUUUAGCCUUGGGGAUGUUGAUUGAGUGUGUGACCUUUCAGGAAGCACUGCAGUCACUUCAGGCAACUUCCCUUCCACCACCCUGUCCCCUGGAACACUCAGGACAUUCCGGCAGCUUCCUAGGUCAAAAUUCUCUUCCCCAUACCCCAAGUUCUUUCUUUACUUAGCGUUAUCACUUUUAGUGUCUUUUCUCAGUCCCUCUCAGAGUCCUCAGUGGCAAUGGUAACCACUCCCCUAGUCUCCCUCAUAACGGUAAGACCCAUAAACACAGAGAGCUGGCCUCUUUACCACUGUCCCUAGCACACAGCAACAGUGUAUGGCACAUGGUUGACCCUCAUUGAAGAGGAUGAAAGCUGUUUGUUGAGAGUUUGGUACCAGGAGUUCCUUAGACCUGGAGCAAACCUCCCAGGACCUUGUCAGGCCCUGGAUUUGACCUGUCCUUAUGGGCUUGUUAGGGGUCACAGAGAAGAGGAACAUGAUGGUCUAUUAGAAUGCAGGAAAAAAAAUAUUAGAACUUUGAUUUAGAUUUAUUUUCAUCUCAUCUUUUUUAAAUUUCUAUUUUUGUGUAUGUUUUAUAAUGUACAUAAUAUUUUAGUACAGUAGUACAUGUAUAUAAUUUACAAAUAAAGAAUUAUACAAUUAA